AUAGAGCUUCCGUAGGACAAGACUGUGUUUCCAUAGAGACCAUCUAUGGUGGAGGCGAACGAGCACCUAGCUCAGCCACAACAACGACAGAGGAGGAACCAGAACAUCCUCUGCUGCUCAGUGCUGGCAGGUCAAAAUGUCCUUCAGAGACUUAAGAAAUUUCACAGAAAUGAUGAGGGCCUUGGGCUAUCCUCGGUUGAUAUCUAUGGAGAACUUCAGAACACCAAACUUCUCUUUAGUGGCAGAAAUCCUAAUAUGGCUCGUAAAGAGAUACGAGCCUCAGAUGGAUAUUCCUACUGAUGUAGAUACAGAAUCAGACAGAAUAUUCUUCAUCAAGGCCGUGGCCCAGUUUAUGGCAACUAAGGCACACAUCAAGUUGAACACCAAACGUCUCUACCAAGCCGAUGGUUACGCAGUGAAAGAGAUGCUGAAAAUCACGUCAGUGCUGUACAGCGCUAUGAAGACCAAGCAGAUGGCCCUGGGAGACCGAACGGAGGAGGACAACAACAAGUUCAAGUUUGACUUAGGCUCACGGAUUUCAGAUCUUAAAACAGCUCGACAGCUGGCGUCUGAGGUCACAGCUAAAGGAGCAUCUCUGUAUGAUUUACUGGGAAAAGAAGUGGACUUAAGGGAAAUGAGAACUGCUGCCAUUGCCAGACCUCUGGAGAUCAAUGAGACUGAAAAGGCCCUGAGAGCUGCCAUCAAGGAGGUUUUGGAAAGUGUGGAGAAGACCAAAGACAUGCUGAGUAACGUUGUUUCGGAUGAAACCAGUCUGGACGCUAAGAUAGAAAAGAAGAAGCAGGAGCUGGAGAGGAAUCGGAAAAGGCUCCAGACACUGCAGAGUGUCAGGCCAGCCUUCAUGGAUGAAUAUGAAAAGAUUGAGGAAGAUCUACAGAAGCAAUAUGAAACCUUUGUGGAGAAGUUCAGGAACCUCUGCUUCCUAGAGUCUCAGCUGGAUGAAUACCAUAGACUGGAACAAGAGAGAUUUGAGGAGGCUGAAAACACAAUGAGGAUGAUGCAGAAUGUAUUGAGGGAGGAGGAGGAGAGGGAUCUGACGAGGAGUUCUUUGAAAGAUGAGGAUUCUGACAUGGAUGUUCCAGAGGACGAAGGUUCAGACAGCGACAUGGAAGAGUGUCGACCCUCUAAGCCACGGCCCACACGGAACGGCAUCAUGGCAGGAAGAGGAGCUCGAUUUAUCGGGAACAUGCAGGGUGGUGAUAGUGAUGAGCCCCCUUUAGCUGCUUCCAGAAGGUCAUUGCCUCGUGCCAAAAAACAACGGAAAGGAAAGAGUGAAGACAGUGAGAUCGAUGUGGAUGAGGACGAUGAGGAAGACGAUGAAGGCGAGGAGGAGGAGAGCAAGGAUUUGGAGGAUGACAGUCUGGAGGGCCCAGUGUCCAGGGGAGCUCACCCUUCCAAGGGAGGCAUGAGACAGCCUCUGCUGGAGGAGAGCGACAAUGACUUCUAAAUGAAUACAGACGAGCUCAUGAUGUUGUUUUUACAUAAUAAAGAAUUCAUAUAGUUCCUAUUUUUAAUAUCUGUACACUGUUUACCUUAAUAAAAUAUUAAUGUAAUGUU